AUGGGGGGCCCUGUCGUCCGGCCUCUGCCCAUGCUCGGUGAGGGUUCGCAGGCACAGCUCCGGCCACCGAUGACCUCCCCCUGGAUGUCUCUCUCCAGCCCGCUCUACAGAGAGUCUAUGAUGACUUCUCACAACUGUGCCAACACAGCCUCCUCCUCUUCCUCCUCUUCCUCCUCCUUCGAUCCAGUCUUCCCUCCACCCUGCCCUGCACUAACUGUUGCUACAUCCAGGACCCUACAGCCCCCACUACCUCACGACUGCCCCAAAGAGGACAGGGGUAGUGAGCAGACUCCAGGUCUUCAGGACCCAUCGGUCCCCCGUUCAACCCAGACCAACUACAACAACCUGCUGCUCAUCAGGAGACACCUACAACAGGAGCAGAAGAGGCAGAUGGAACAGAUGAAUGGAGUACAGAUGACUGAGUGCCAGCAGGGGGCAACAUUUACAGGUGGUGGUCGGCCUCUCCCUCCAGAUUGUGGUGGAGGCGGAGGUUACCCCCUGGGUGUUCCCCAGCUAUCCCACGGUGGUCCCCUCCCAUCUGGGCCCGGCCACCUCUCCCUUCCCCCUGGACAUCCAGGCCACCCAGGCCAACCCGGACCCCCAGGAUCUCUCACCCAAGUGAGCAGGCCGGUAGGCGCCUUCAUGGGUGGUCCUCCAGGCUCCAAGCAGCCCCUCUAUCACCCUUCACAGGGUGGACAGUUUGUUGGUGCUGGUGGUAUGCCAAUGAGACAACCACAGUUGGCACACAGCAUGAUGGGAAUGGGGGGUCCGGCUGGUCCUCCAAGGCCUGGGAUGCAGCAACAGGUGUCCAGGACGGGGAUGACAAUCGGGGGGUUGGGGCCCGGCUCAGGGCCUGGGUCGGGGUCUGGUCACCCACAGCAUCUACGACAGGCCCUGCACCAUAGUGGUGGAGGGGCACCACUCCCACGUAUGAUGUUUACCGCUCAGCAAACACACCAACAACAACAGCAACAGACCGCAAUGUGGCCUCCGCAACAGCAUGGGGGGCUAGUGAAUUCCAUGCAGCAUCGCAUGCCCUGCAGCGAUGGCCACAUGGACCCGUCGGCUAAUCACCAGCAGUCGCACGGACACAUAUUUCCUGGAGGGGGUGGGGGCGCCAACGGUAGCUGCAACCCGAACCCCAAUGCCCAGUUUACCCAGCAGGCAAUGCGGUCGGGGAUGCCCGGAGGCGGGGGUGGGAACAAUUUUGCCCCCCACCAAGGACCUCCAUCGUUACCCUCCAACCAAGGGGUCGGGGUGCCGUCCUUACCCAGGAGACUGAUACAGAAGCUGGGUGUAUCCACGGCAGGGCAGCCCAUACCCUCCAUGGUCCACCAAGGGCUUCAGCCUGGUAUGAGGCCCAGGGGACCCCUCUCGGCCCUGGCUGGGAUGAAACCCAUUCCCCCUGGUAUGAUCCACCACCCAGGCCACGGUAUGGCCCCACCUAGCUAUCCUGCCUCUGGGGCCGUCGUCGCCAAACACCCCCACCCACACCAACAUCCCCAUCCCCAUGGGCCCGGGUAUGGACCAGGUCAGGGGAACCCUGGACACAAGCUACCCUCGUAUGAGUACACUCAGCGGGGGCAGAGUAAUGGGGGGAUGGGGGGUAGACCUGGUGGUGGUGGAGGAGGGGAGGUAGACUUUAUUGACACUCUGGUGGGGUCGAACGAGGACUGGCUCAAUAACCUCACUAUGAUAGAUGAGUACCUGGAGCAGAACUCAUAG